CCGAGCGCUAGACCAAAAUGCUGGAAACAUCACCUUGCAGUGUACCUCAAAGUUUGCCCCAUUCAGGAGCCGGCUCCUGCAGUGUACACAUGCCUGGAAACGAGGCUAUGGUCAGCUGAAGUGCUGAACUAUCAAAGGAGGUGUCACAACACGCGCGAGGUAAGUCAGCUUGGUUGCUCUUUCUGGCCCUUUUUUCCGGAAAAACAAAAGUUUCAUCACUUUUUUAUUAUUUCACGAAGAGUUGUUAGGUUGUGUUAGCGCUCAUCUUGGCAGUGAAACGUCUCUAAAACGUCUUAUAGCCCAACAUAGAAUAAACAUCACGGAGCUGUUAUCAAAAUGGCAGCUGUAAUUAAAGCUAAUAUUUGAUACCCUUUGAGCUAUUUAAGCUUCGACACGUUAGUAGUUAUUAGUCAAAAGAAAUAUUAGUUAGAACAAACUUUGAAAUUAGUUCCGACCAGAAGUUAUUCGCUGAGUUAUUCCUCUGUUUCCAGGCUAGGUGCAUGUAUUGAAGUGCAGGGUAUUCAGGAUUGGAGGCCCUCCGAAAGUGUUCACAUUUGGACACAUGUUCGUUGAUUCCAUUCUUCUUCGUACAAACGGUCCAAGGUAG